AUGAGUGUCCCCGAGGGCCAGACCACGCUCUUUUCAUCUCGCGGGCCUGGAUCUUUAGCCCACCACCGCCCGUCAACAUCCUAUAACGCCUCGUUCCACCUUGCGCCCGCCAGCAAGGUCACAGCAGCGGCACUUCCCAUGCUGUUGGGUGCGACGCUCUUAUAUGCGAAUUUGCCCAUUCCCAUCCCAAUUCCACCACAGACGUCACCCACAAUGGCGAUCUCUUCCGCUUCUAGUCCCACGCAACCAAACCUCGCUGCCGUGCUGGACCGCCUAGGACUGGCCGAGUACCUGCACGUCCUCACCGACAACGGCUUCCACAACUGGGAGACGGUUGUCGACAUCACCGAGGACGACCUCACCACGCUCAACUUCAAGCUCGGCCACCGCAGACUGCUGCAGCGCGAAAUCGCCACAUACCGCGGAAUCCCCCAAUCACUAUCACUGGAACCAGAGGCAAACUCGCCCGAAUCCACUUCAUUGUCCACCUCCGCCCUCGAGACCUUCACCCGCCAGACCACCACUCCCCCGCCCCGCGAGAAGAGGAGAUACCGACGCCAUCCGCGCCCAGACGCCCACGCGCCCAAGAAGCCCAAGACCGCAUAUGUCAACUUUGCUGACCAGCUUCGCACGGAUCCCGAAGUCAGCCAGCUGUCCUUUGUGGACAUUGCACGUGAAGUUGGCCGCAGAUGGCAGGACCUCCCUCCGGAGAAAAAGCGCAUCUGGGAGAGCAAUGCCGCACGUGCCAUGCAGGAGUUUGAGGCCCAGAUGGACGAGUACAAGAAAACCGACAACUACACAAAGUACCAGGCCUAUCUGAACGACUUCAAGAUGCAGCAAUCCAUCCCUUCGACUGGUAAGCAACGGCCCGGAAACAGUCGCUCGACAACAGACACCUCCAACAACACGAAACAGUACUCACGUGCUAGCCCCAGCUCCUCAGACAGCCCCACCUCCUUCCUCUCGUCCAACACGCCCAUGGGCAUCGAGGCCGAAACCUGCCACAACGCAUUGACCCUGGCCUUUAGUGAGCUUGUCACCCUCAGGGGCGAGAUCCUGACUGGAGGCGCCCAACAGUUCAGCGAGGAUUUCCUACCGCCUGAAGACCGAGUACGGCGAUCAAUGUACGCUUUCAUUCGUGGCACCGGAUCGCUCCUUUUCAUGUGGACUUUUGAGCAAGCCGACGAGAUUUUGGAUCGCAUCUACCGCCCGCAAAAGAGGGUUGACAAAAUGACGCUUGCCGAGUGUUUUACAGUUGCUGCCAUGGGCGCGCACUACGAAAUCAACGCUUUUCCUGAUCGCAUGCGAAGACUGCUCUAUGCCUCAGGAACCCUCCACUUCAACGAGCAGACCGCAAGAGAGGAUUAUUUUCGCACUAUGCGCCUUCUUCUCUCGUUAUCUUUCUACUCGCUUUUGGAGAAGCACAUGAGUGCCAAAUAUCUAAUCGCUGCGGGUUUGCAAAUUGCCCGUUGGAAAUGUCCUGUCCCACAGUCGCCCGGCUCAGCUGCAUCAGACGACAACUGGAGGAAGGUUUACCGAAGCCUCGUCUUCAUGGAUUCGUGGCUAUCUUACACCCUUGGCUACCCCACCGAGGUCACAGCUUCUGACACCCAGAUUGCAUGUGUCGUGUACCGAUCAGAGCAGGAUCCCAUUAAUGAGCUCAUACACUCGCAGAUUAGCAAGAUCAACUUGAUUGCGGCCGAAGUUGCAAAGACGCUGGCUUCUCCAGAACUGGCUACCAGCGGAAACAUCUCCGCGCUAACCCAAAAGUUGGAACAGUGGCGCCAGGAAGUUCCACAUGCAUUGCAGAUGCCCACGCUUUUGUCAAGCGAAGGUCAGGAUCUAACGCUGUUUCAGAGGCGCGCGAUUUUCAUGCUACACAUCAUGUAUCUUGGCGCGCUAGUGUUGCUGUACCGUCAGCUACUGGUUGCUACGGCUGAAGCUCAGCUUAUCGAUGGCGCGGCAUCCUCAUUCAACAACCUAUCGACCAACGAUGUCAAGUUGUAUCGACAGCAAUGCGCGACAGCGGCCCAAAACAUUGCUCGCAUGCUCGGAUUGAUCGACUUUGACGGCACAUUGACCACACGCUGUUGGAUUGUCAUCUACUGGUCUUUCUCGGCUGCCAUUUGCUUGCUCUUCAGCGCAACUACCAAAUUGAUGGAUGGCCAGAUUGACGACGUCGAGGCAGAUCUCGCUUACGCCAAAUCGUGCAUGGAUAUGCUUGAGCCGUGCAAGCCCUGCGAGCCCGUUGCCGCUCGAUAUCUGGAUACCCUUUGGCCAUUGUACGACCACUUGCAGGACGUCCAUCGCCGAAUGCUCGGCAAAUCGAAAAGCAGUAUAUUCGCUAUACUUCAGCCCGAUCCCAGCCUACUCAGUCCUCCGGUACCUGUGUCAAGACAAGAGAUAGGGCCCAUCUCCGAGAAGCUCACAAUGCUUCUUACAGACCCUUUCGGAAGGAAGCAAGACAUUGAUGGAACUAGGAGACGCAUCCUUAGCAAUGAUGGCUCAUACUCGGUGUUCUGGUUCCGAUAAUAGGUAUUAUGCGUGUUUGUGUUGAGAGACACGUUGAGAGGGUCAUUGUCGAGGCAGAUGGCAGGAGCGCCCCUGGACCGCCCACGGACAUCGGCAUCUCCCGGAUCCUCCCCUUUUCACUCCGUACCAGACGCGGUUCGAUAUUACAUGCUUCAAAGUAACCCGGAAUCUGGAUAGAAAUCCGGAACGAAACUUCCGGACAUUGCCUACCAAAACAAUAGAGACACUGAUAAGUUUCGCAACGCACGCAAUUCGGUCUGGGCCCAAAAGAUCACAAUCGAUAGAAUGCUGCACGGAUACUACUGCACGUUUCAGUCGUUCCUGACUAGCAUGUUGUCCCCAUCGGAUCGCCCCCAUCGGAUCGCCGAUCGGCACAUAUGCGGCACGGCACGGCAGCCAUGUUCACAGCUAGGAUUGUGGUUGGACGAUCGAAGCACUGAGGCAUGGGUGGUGACUUGUGGCUGGGUAGCGCUGGUGGCCUCAUUCUGGGACAAGCAAGAUGACGUAGACGCCACCAUAAUGUGGCGUAUUUGAAACUACGGUCGAGAGGGACUCCUGUAGUUAUCAUGUACAUAGUUUGUGUAGAAGUACGGGAAGGAGGGUUGUGAUGAGAUUCGAUCUGAGCGUUUUGUCUAGUCUUUGUCGUCGUAGUUGUUAGCGCUGUUGUUAUCAGUACUGUUACGAGUAAUAUCAUUGGUAUUAUCCA